AAACAUAAAAUCUCACAGAUCAAAGUAGAACUCUCCUGUGACCUGUUCAUCUCAAGGACCUGCAUUCAACAGAACCUAUCCCAGUUGCCAGCCAGUCGUGUAUACCACUGGAGGAAAAUGGACACACUGAACAGCCACCACUUUUUGUACUUUCUGCCUACCACACGCCUUGUCAUCAUAUUAGCAGCUUUGACAACUGCUGAGGAUGUGACUAACAGCACUUUGAACCGCACUGACACGAGCACGGGAUCUGUGCCUGAGGUGAUCUUUCGCAUUGACCAUGUUAUAGUCAAGGAGGGUGGUAGUGCCUUGAUCGACUGCAAUGUCCAAGGUAGUCCUAGCCCACGUUACAGAUGGUACAAUUCCAAUGGACACCUGCUCCAGGAGGAGGAGAAUAAAGGAAAAUGGUGGUUUCUUGACAAUGGGCUACUAAACAUUACCAGCGUGUCUUUUGAAGACAGAGGUAAAUACACGUGUGUCGCAUCUAAUAUGUAUGGCAGUGUUAACAACACUGUGACGCUGAGGGUUGUUUUUACCUCCGGAGAUAUGGGAGUCUAUUACAUGAUUGUCUGCCUUGUAGCUUUUACCAUUGUUAUGAUACUGAACAUUACUCGGUUAUGCAUGAUGAGCAGUCAUUUGAAGAAAACUGAGCAAGCAAUCAAUGAAUUCUUCAGAACAGAAGGGGCAGAGAAGCUUCAGAAAGCCUUUGAGAUUGCAAAGCGUAUCCCAAUUAUCACAUCAGCCAAAACGCUUGAGCUUGCCAAAGUAACCCAGUUCAAGACCAUGGAAUUUGCUCGUUAUAUUGAAGAGCUUGCUCGGAGCGUACCUUUGCCACCUCUCAUCAUGAACUGCAGGACUAUAAUGGAAGAAAUUAUGGAGGUUGUCGGUCUGGAGGAGCAAGGACAGAAUUUUGUACGGCAGACAGCAGAAGGCCAGGAAACCACUGAAACAGAUGAGCUAUAUAUGAUCCCAAAUGCUUUGACGCGCAGUGACUCUCCCACAGCUGACUCGGACGCAUCGUCACUGCAUGAGCCACCUCAAAAGAUUGCAAUAAAAGUGUCAGUUCACCCGCUGUCCAAAAAGGACUGCAUGGAUGGCCAGUCACAGGAAAGCAUGCAGCUGGACGUCAAGGAAGAAGACACUCCUCAAACACCAGCACUUCCCGCAGAGCCCCCUCCUGAGCCUUCUGCUGAAUUCAGUUCUGAUGACACAGCAUUGGCAAAUGACAAAAAUACAUGUGUUAUAUAUGAAAGCCAUGUAUGAUAGUUACUCCUGAAUCUAUGCAUAGCAGGAAAAUCAGGUGGAGCUCUUUUAAAAAUACAUAUUGUACUUGCCGCUAAGCCUUACCUGGAGACUAUCAUAGCAGAAGCAUGUAAGUGGAUUAUUUGGCACUUUCUUCUCAGUUUGACUUUAGUUUACCAUGAUGUAUGGCAGAGUGAUUGCUAUUACAUUAAUAUUAAUUGCUCUUUUUGAUUAGGAGUAUUUCCAAGAAACAUUUACCUCAGCAUUUUCUAGGAUGGAGACACCUGUAGUGGCCUCCUGGAAGUCACUGGUAGUCUUUGAUGUAGGACACUUAAACUUACUAAACGUUAAGCUGGUUUCCAUUUUCCUCCUUCACUCUCAUUAUUUCCAUGUCUUGUAUUUUUGCAAAUAUUAACUUGUGAAUUUGAAAUAUUGCCCAAGAGGCAGCACUCCAGUAGCCAAAUAAA